AUGGAUCGAUUUAAUGCGGUGUGCUUGUUUCAGGGGUCUCUUGGGCAACCUGGACCACGAGGCAACCCGGGAGCGCCUGGAGAAGGUCUCGCAGGACCAAAGGGUGACCGAGGAUUUGAAGGACCACGGGGGAAUCGUGGGCUGCCUGGUAUCGGGUUCAAAGGUGACAAGGGCGGCCUAGGUCCACCUGGCCAACAUGGUCCAGUUGGUUCUCCAGGUGUUGGACACCAAGGGGAAAAGGGUGACCACGGCCCAGCAGGUCCCACAGGCCCCAGAGGAGGUCCAGGUGUGGGAUUACCAGGACCUAAGGGAAAUCAGGGAUUCUCAGGAGUUCCAGGACCACCUGGUGAGAGAGGCGAGGGAGUGCAAGGACCAAAAGGGGAUGUGGGAGCCCAGGGUCCACCCGGCAUCCCUGGUCAGCCAGGAGAGGAUGGGGUCGCAGGGCAAAAGGGUGACAUCGGGUUCCCGGGGUCCAGGGGACCAGACGGUAGUCCUGGUACAGGCGCCCCUGGAGGAAAGGGGGACAGAGGGGACAGAGGGACCAGGGGUCAGCCAGGUGCCGUUGGUCCUGCGGGACCAGUGGGACCAAAGGGGGAUCCUGGAUUUAUCGGGCCACCCGGUGCACCAGGACAACUAGGGAGGGGUAUUCCUGGUGCCAAGGGAGAUCCCGGUCCGCAAGGUUCCGCUGGAGCUGUGGGUGAGCCAGGCCGGGGUAUAACUGGACCCAAGGGUGACAGAGGGUUUCCAGGACCUGCAGGGUUGUCUGGAGGUAAAGGAGAAGGCAGUCCAGGCCUUCCAGGUCUUCCAGGACCUCCUGGCUUGACGGGCGAGCCUGGACCAGAUGGAGUAGGCCUACCAGGACCAAAGGGAGACAGAGGCCUACCUGGAACUCCUGGACCUGGAGGGCCACCGGGAACUGGACAUCUUGGGCCAAAGGGUUCCAUUGGCGCAAUAGGCCCUCCCGGUCCACAGGGCCCCCCAGGUGAGGGUAUCCAAGGACAAAAGGGAGAGCCUGGAUUCCAGGGGAUUCCUGGCCCGAGAGGUCCUUCUGGACUAGGACUGCAAGGGGACAAGGGGGACCGAGGCUUCAGUGGUGAGAGAGGAAAAAAGGGAGACAGUGGGUCUGCUGGAGAACCUGGAGCCUCUGGACCUUUGGGACGAGUGGGACAAAAAGGUGAACCUGGAAUUACGAGGGAAGAAAUAAUCAAAAUCGUGAGAUCAAUAUGCAAUUGCGGGGUGACGUGCCGCCAAAGCCCCUUGGAGCUGGUCUUUGUGAUUGACAGCUCCGAGAGCGUGGGCCCGGACAACUUCCAUGUCAUCAAAGACUUUGUGAGUGCCGUCGUAGACCGGGCUUCCGUGGGCAGGGGCACCACACGGGUAGGCGUGGUGCUCUACAGCCACAUCAACACGGUGGUGGUCAGCCUCAACCAGGAGGCCUCCCUGGACGAGGUCAAGUCGGCGGUGCGCUCCAUGACCUAUUUGGGCGAGGGCACUUUUACGGGCAGCGCCAUCCAUCGGGCCAACCAUCUUUUCAGAGCGGCUAGGGUCGGGGUGAGGAAGGUGGCCAUCGUCAUCACAGACGGCCAGGCCGACAAGAGGGACUCGGUCAGUCUGGAGAGCGCAGUGAGGGAAGCCCGGGCAAGUAACAUCGAGAUGUUUGUGAUCGGUGUGGUCAACACCAGCGACCCGCUGUUUGUGGAGUUCAAGAAGGAACUGGACCUCAUGGCUUCGGAACCAGACGGAGACCACGUGUACCUCAUCAACGACUUCAAAACACUGCCAGCCCUCGAGAAGAAUCUGUUGAGCCGCAUCUGUGAGGACGGUCAAGGAGUCUCCCUGCAGCCGGUUCCAUCUCAUCCCGAAAGAGAACCCACUGCGCCGCAGAGACCAAAAACAAACGACAGAACCUCGUUGGAACCCCAAAGACUGCCUUUCUUUGACAGGGAACCUUUUAGACCAGGAACGAACGUUGAUCCGAAGCACCCCGUCACGGCUGGAGUCAACGGGCCGGUGGCACCCACCAUGAAGACCCCACGGGGGUCCCGUCCACCCAUGACUUCUGCAUCCCCACAGCGCUGCAGUCAGCCUCUAGACCCGGGGCCGUGCCGGGACUACGUGGUGAGGUGGUACUAUGACGCCACGGCCAACUCCUGCGCUCAGUUCUGGUUUGGAGGCUGUCAAGGUAACACCAACCAAUUUGACAGCAAAAAGAGCUGUAAGGAAGCCUGCGUGCGCGUCUAACAGGAACUAUCAUGGUACUGUCCUUUAACACCCAGUUUUACCAAGUCCGACUCUAAUGUGAACACAAUGUUUAACAAUUUAUUCCAACUUUAAAAACAUAUUUUUGUCAUCUACUCACGUACCCGAUCAUUUCAUUGAUAACCACUAACUGUUCAGUAAAGCCGAUCAUGUUGAUAUUUUUUUAAAUCUUAAUUUCAAUAAAGUGUAAUGUCAUUGAAGAAUAAAGCUAU